GCUUUUCACCUUCAGCUGUCGCAGCAUUGUCGAUGUAACCUAUUCGUGUGUGUAUGUUUGUUAUAUCUAAAUUCGGUUUUUUAAUAAUAGGUUUUUUGGCCAUCAAAUUAUAAAUUGGCUCAACAUGCUUGCACUCCGUUCAUCGCUCAAUAAUGCAGCCCCGGUUUUGGUUUCAUUGGCCACCGCGACCAAUCAAAGCCGUGGUAUGGCUACGCUUAAAGAUAUUCGUGUUCGUCUCAAGUCUGUUACCAACAUUCGAAAAAUUACACAAUCCAUGAAGAUGGUUUCCGCCGCCAAAUAUGCACGAGCCGAACGAGAUCUGAAAAAUGCUCGAGUUUUUGGAUCAGGCACUCUUCAAUUUUAUGAACGAAGUGAUUUAGUCACCGAAGAAGACAAAGAAAAAGGAACCAAACCUGGUACACUAAUUGUCGCCAUCGCAUCUGAUCGUGGCCUUUGUGGCGCUGUUCAUUCAUCGGUAGCCAAAAAAGUGCGACAAAUCAUGGCUCAUGAAUCGGACGCAGACAAGAUCCAGAUAGUCUGUGUUGGCGACAAAGCUAAAGCUAUGUUGGCAAGACAAUUUGCUAACAACAUUUUGAUGUUGUUUAACGAUUUUGGUAAACGACCACCACAAUUCGGUGAUGCUCGAGAGGUUGCCUCACAAAUAUUGAACUCUAACUAUGAAUUUGACCGUGGUAUAAUCAUCUACAAUCAAUUUAAAUCUGUCGUAUCCUACAAUACUACUGAGAUUCCUGUGUUUAGCCAAGGUUCCAUUAAUUUGUCGCCGAAGAUUAGUGUAUACGACAGUUUGGAUGAAGAUGUCAUUCGAUCCUAUUAUGAAUAUUCAUUGGCCAGCUUGAUUUUCUAUGCAAUGAAAGAAAAUGCCUGUAGCGAACAAUCAUCCCGUAUGACGGCUAUGGACAAUGCAUCCAAGAAUGCUGGCGAAAUGAUCCAGAAGCUUACGUUGACAUUCAAUCGAACACGUCAAGCUGUCAUUACCAGGGAAUUGAUUGAAAUUAUUUCAGGUGCGGCUGCUUUGUAAUCGUCAUUUUUUCCAUCAAAUAAAGCAAUGUUAGA